CUGUUCCGACUCUCUAACACUUACUGUCGGCACAAACAGAGCUUUCCCCCUCUCUCUCUCCUCUCCCGCCUAUACAUACACUACGUAUAUACGUAUAUACCGGUUUUCUAUAACCUACAUUUCCCACCAAAACAUCAUGGGAGGUCGGCAUUUUCGUUUUGCCGCCACCUGCUUUUUGGCGGUGGUUUUGGUGGCCGCCGCCGGCCCUCUCCGACGGGUGGAGGACCCACAUUGGUAUCCCGCCGCCGCCACUUGGUACGGCAGCCCUGAAGGUGACGGCAGUGAUGGAGGCGCGUGCGGGUACGGGACAAUGGUGGAUGUGAAGCCGUUCAGGGCGAGGGUGGGGGCGGUGAGCCCGGUGCUGUUCAAGGGCGGCGAAGGCUGCGGCGCCUGCUACAAGGUCAAGUGUCUGGACAGGUCCAUAUGCUCGAGAAGGGCAGUGACGGUAAUUAUCACUGACGAGUGUCCUGGGUGCGCCAAUGACAGAGUGCAUUUCGACCUCAGCGGCGCCGCUUUCGGCCGCAUGGCCGUCACCGGCAACGGCGGCAGCCUCCGUAACCGCGGUGAAAUCCCCGUCAUUUACCGCCGGACACCGUGCAAGUAUCCUGGAAAGGAUAUUGCCUUCAAAGUGAACGAGGGCUCGACAGAUUUCUGGCUUUCGCUCUUGGUGGAAUUUGAGGAUGGAGAUGGCGAUGUUGGAUCCAUGCACAUCAGACAGGCGAUGUCUAAUGAGUGGCUGGAGAUGACGCAUAUAUGGGGAGCCAACUGGGUGAUUAAUGGUCAAGGGGGAGGGGCUUUACAGGGACCAUUCUCAGUAAAGCUAACCACACUCUCAACCGGAAGGCUCCUGUCUGCAAGAGAUGUGAUUCCCAGGAACUGGUCUCCAAAGGCCACUUACACUUCUCGCCUUAACUUCCACAUAUGAUAUAUCCAAAAGUGUUUAAUUUGCCAUUAUGGGUGGGUCUGUAUUUGUUGUUUUUGAAGAAAGGGUCGCCAUUGGAGAGCAUUAAAGAAGAAUCCAAUGCCCCCCCUUUUUUUUACUGGUUAAUGUACGUUUUAAUUUACAGUAGCCCUCUCCAAAGGAGAGUGAGCGCUCUGAUCAUCAUGUGUUGUUUACCAGCUAUAGUACGUACCACGUACAGUUACAGUUGUUUGUUGGGUGAGAGUUAAGGUUGUGGGUCCUCUUGUUUUUGGACUAAUGAAUGUUAUCCACUGUUUCCCUUGUUCUUUGUUA